CCUCGGCGGGUGGCGGCGGCGGCGGCGGUGUCCUUAGCGGUUCCUCCCGGCCCUGUUAAUGUCAGGGCCAAGCCCGGGGAGGAUGGCGCCCUAGAGCCUAGCCUUGCUGGGGUAGGGGCGGGAGGGGGCCGGGGCGGGGACCGGCCAUGUCGGAGGUGACCAGGAGUCUGCUGCAGCGCUGGGGCGCCAGUCUCAGGAGAGGCACCGACUUUGACUCUUGGGGCCAGCUGGUGGAGGCGAUAGACGAGUAUCAGAUAUUAGCAAGACACUUACAGUAGGAGGCCCAAGCUCAACACAAUAAUUCUGAAUUCACAGAAGAACAAAAGAAAACCAUAGGCAAAAUUGCAACAUGUUUGGAAUUGCGAAGUGCAGCAUUACAGUCCACACAGUCCCAAGAAGAGUUUAAACUGGAGGACCUGAAGAAGCUAGAACCAAUCCUGAAGAAUAUUCUUACAUAUAAUAAAGAAUUUCCAUUUGAUGUUCAGCCUAUCCCAUUAAGACAGAUUUUAGCACCUGGUGAAGAAGAGAAUCUGGAAUUUGAAGAAGAUGAAGAAGGUGGUGCUGGAGCACCUCCUGAUUCUUUCUCUGCAAGAGUCCCUGGUACUUUAUUGCCACGCUUGCCGUCAGAGCCAGGGAUGACGUUACUUACCAUCAGGAUUGAGAAAAUUGGUUUGAAAGACGAGGGGCAGUGCAUUGAUCCCUACAUCACAGUGAGCGUGAAAGAUUUGAAUGGCAUAGAUUUAACUCCCGUACAAGAUACUCCUGUGGCUUCA